GGAGGCAGAGAAGCAGCAGAGAUUCAGAGGGUGCAGGCGCCAGUCAUUCCCUUUGCUGAGUGAUCCAAUCGCAAGACAGAGGAGUGAGCACAUUGUAAUUCUCUGUCUCUCCUCAGGCACUGAGGUGCGUUACUGAAUCAGAGAAAACAGUCUUCUGUGUGGAGAGACACUGCUCCCAUCUCCUCUUGGUAGCUGAGUCCUGACUGGUGAAACUCAUGGAGAAGACAAAUCACAGUUCAGCAGAGCCAGAGAGCAUCGAACCUCUGCGAUACCUCAGUAAAGCGGAGGCGGCGGCGAUAGAGACGGAGCUGGUACGGGACUACAGAUUUGGACAGCAGCAGCUCAUAGAGAUUUGGGGAAACGCCUGUGCACAUGCCAUCACCAAGGCCUAUCCUCUCACAUCUCUGGGGAAGAAGCAGCCGACGGUUCUGGUGAUCUGUGGACCCGACCAAAACGGCUCCAUUGGGCUUGUGUGUGCGCGACACCUGCGCAUGUUUGAAUAUGAACCCACCAUCUACCACCCAAAACGCUCGUCUCAAACUCUGCACCAAGACUUCACAGUCCAGUGUGAGAAAAUGGACAUCCCCUUCCUCUCCUACCUGCCAACAGAGGUGCAGCUCAUAAACGAUGCUUACAACUUGGUGAUUGAUGCCAUGCUGGGACCCGAUGAAGACCGCAUCAACAUCAAGGAGCCGUACUCUGGGAUUCUGGUCACCCUCAAGCAGGUCAAGAUCCCCAUCGCCAGUGUAGACGUGCCCUCAGGUUGGGAUGUAGAAGACGCCACUGAAGACGGGAUAAACCCAGAGGUUCUCAUCUCCCUGACUGCACCAAAAAAAUGUGCCAUGAAUUUCACAGGCAAGCAUUUCUUGGCCGGACGCUUCCUGCCCUACGAUAUCCAGAAGAAAUUUGAGCUGAACCUCCCAGAGUACCCUGGCACAGACUGUCUGGUGGAGUUGUAACACAUGGGAAACACAAGGGCCGCGCCACAUUUCGAAAGCGUAGUUUAUCUUCUCUCUUGUUUUGUACACUAUAGAUUGUUACCGUGACUCGCUGUCAACAUCUCAGUUGUGUAGAUCCAACUUUGACUCAUUACCGAUGAUAUUUAGAAGAUGUGGUGUGAGUGGUGUCUUCUUAGCAAGCAACGUUGAAUUGUCAACAAACCGUAGCAUUUCUGUUUCGUUCAGCUGGACAUGAAUCUUUUUUUUUGUUUUUUUUUAUUUGCAGAAAAUCUGUGUACACUCUGAACUAUACAAACAGAAAACUAUGUCGCUCAUCCACAUAAUUAAAACACCUUAUCAGAUAUUUUAGACAUAAAAUGGUUUAUAUCACAGAAGAAUUGGGGUCUCUUUUCAUCUGAUUUUUAGUUCUUGAAUUACUCAAUACACCUACUGCAGUAUCUUUCUCUUAAGUCCUAGAUAUGCUGUAUGCUGUACUUCCGACCUCAGCAAAAUAUUGUGGCUAUUGAGAGGGAAUUUGAACACCUCUCUGAUAGCGAUGGGGGCCACAUGUAGGCACUGCCUUGUUGUACCAUGAUUCAAACUCCAUACCCAUUUAGAAGACUGGAUAAGAGUGACACCCUGGGCAGGUCAGACACCUCUGACUCACUGGAGGCCUUCAUCUUCACCUGUAUGUUUUAAGGUGCUGGGAUUAAACCAGAGAGAGAGCUGUCAGGAAAUCCACACUGAGGUCCCUCUCUCUCUCUCUCUCUCUCUCUCUCUAUAUAUAUAUAUAUAAUUCACUAUUUAUUAUGCCUUUCUUUUGGUAUGAGAAGUAUGAUUUUUGUACGUAUGGUUGUAGGUCUUGUAGAGAGCUUUUAGUUAAACUGUUCUACUGCUGUGAGCUGCAGGGAUGAUAUUGUCAUUGUCUGGGAAUUUCCACAUUUCUGUUUGUGUUUGAUUUACCGGCUUCUUUGCGUCAUCUCUGGAUCAGUUAGUUCAUCAGCUGUUGCUGAAGGACCAUG